GCCGGGCAGGACCGUGUGACCCAGGCCAACAUCGCCGCGGAGCUCAAGUGCAACGUGGAGCACCUCGGGAACACCGUGGUGGACCGCCUGGAGACGAUGGAGGCGGACCUCAAGGCCCACGUCGGCGAGCGCCUCGCCAGCGAGCGCAGCUCCCGCGCGCUCGAGAUGGCGGACAUCAAGAGCUACGCCGAGGGCAUCCUCACGGGGGCCAGCAAGGCGGUGGCGGAGGCCACCGCGAACAGGUGCGCGGACACGCUCUCGGUGACCAUGCCCGUGGCCGCGAGCAGCACCCUGGAGCAGGAGCAGGUCUGGAAGGAGCUCCACCGCCUCCGGGCCGCGGUGGACGCCUUCGCGGCGCUGGAGCGCUCCCCGGAGGCGGAGGCGCGCAAGGCCGCGGUCAUGACCGCCGUCGUGUCGCGCGUGGAGGUGCUCGAGGAGCGCGUCGGCCAGCAAAAGGUGAUUGCCGCCCGCCUUGAAGGCGUGGAGAGUGAGCUGAAGGAGGUGGCGCGCGUCCCCGAGUUGCACCGGGUGGGCGCCGACCUCAAGCGGAUGGAGCUGGACCUGAUGCCGCUGGACUCGCGGCUGGACCACCUUGAGUCCGAGCUCCGCAGGGCCAAGCUGGAGACGUCGCCGCUCUUCCCGCGCAUGGACGCUGCCGAAUCAGAGGCCGCGCGCCUCUCCCGCGACGUGGCCGCGGCCGCCGGGGGCCUCGCGUCGCUGGGCGCGGAGCUGAAGGCGCGCGGGUGCCAGGCUGGUCUGGACGACACCUUGACCACCAGCGCUUACACCAACCUGAGCGGGGCCGAGGCGGCGGCGAACGAACCCGUCGACCUGAAGACGAACAUCAGCAGUCUCAUCAAGAAGGUCAGCAUGACGCUCUCGGCUGGCGCGGCACCGGGAGCGCAGUCGAGACCGGGCACGUUUCCAACCUUGAGCCCGAGCUCGAGCAGGCUGCAGUUGCCGCCGAAGGGGUCGCACAAGUCGCCGCUGGCCAGCCCGAAGG